AGCAGCAGCAGCAGCAGCAGCAGCGUCGUCAUAAGCAUCAGCAUCAGCACCAGUUCUUCUUCCCGGCGCAGCACCGACGCACGGAGGGCGCGCAUCAUCCAAGUGAUGCCACAGCAUCAUUUGCGUUUGGACAACAAAUAAGUGCGAGUUUGAAGCCUAAAGGAGGAGGAAAAGAGAAACGCUUCAGCCUCGAAGACAGCGACUGUCCAUGAAGAUGUCUAACGCUGACAUCGCCUUAAACGCCGCCGAUCGGAUGGUGAAAUCUGUCCCCUUCCCCCUGAGUCACCGCCUUACAAUGAAGGAGGUGUUUGACUGUGAGGGGAAGCCUCGCGUGGAUCUCCUGAAGGCUCACCUUACCAAGGAGGGCCGUGUGGAGGAGGCGGUGGCACUUCGAAUCAUAGAUGAGGGAGCAGCUAUCCUGCGACAGGAGAAAACUAUACUGGACAUUGAGGCACCAGUUACAGUGUGUGGAGACAUCCACGGACAGUUCUUUGAUCUUAUGAAGUUGUUUGAAGUGGGGGGGUCACCCGCGACAACACGGUACCUCUUCCUUGGAGACUAUGUUGACCGUGGAUACUUCAGUAUUGAGUGCGUGUUAUACCUUUGGUCGCUGAAAAUCCUCUAUCCAAAGACUCUAUUUUUACUGCGUGGAAAUCAUGAAUGUAGACAUUUGACAGAAUAUUUCACCUUCAAACAAGAAUGUAAAAUCAAGUACUCGGAGCAGGUGUACGACUCGUGCAUGGAUGCGUUCGACUGCCUUCCUCUGGCUGCGCUCAUGAACCAACAGUUUCUGUGUGUGCACGGUGGACUUUCUCCUGAAAUACACACACUAGACGACAUUAAGAAGUUGGAUCGAUUCAAAGAGCCCCCAGCUUUCGGGCCCAUGUGUGACCUGCUGUGGGCGGAUCCUCUGGAAGAUUUUGGCAACGAGAAAACGCAGGAAUACUUCAGUCACAACUCAGUGCGAGGCUGCUCCUACUUCUACAGUUAUCCAGCGGUGUGUGAGUUCCUACAGAGCAAUAACCUAUUAUCAAUUAUUCGAGCUCAUGAAGCACAAGAUGCAGGUUACCGGAUGUACCGUAAAAGUCAGACGACUGGAUUUCCGUCCCUCAUCACCAUCUUCUCAGCUCCAAACUACCUGGAUGUUUACAACAACAAAGCUGCUGUACUGAAGUAUGAAAACAACGUCAUGAACAUCCGACAAUUCAACUGCUCACCUCAUCCCUACUGGCUGCCCAACUUCAUGGAUGUCUUCACCUGGUCUCUGCCGUUUGUCGGAGAAAAAGUCACAGAGAUGCUCGUAAAUGUGCUAAGCAUUUGCUCCGAUGAUGAACUCAUGAAUGAUGAAGAUGAGAUCUUUGAUGCGAAUGCAGCUGCAGCUCGUAAGGAGGUGAUCAAAAACAAGAUCCGUGCCAUCGGGAAAAUGGCUAAAAUGUUCUCAGUUCUCAGAGAGGAGAGUGAGAAUGUGUUGACGCUGAAAGGCCUGACGCCCACUGGCAUGCUGCCGAGCGGAGUUCUCUCUGGAGGCAGACAGACGCUGCAGAGCGCCACGAUUGAAGCCAUUGAAGCCGUGGAGACGCAUGAUGAGGACGGAGAAGCGAUCCGCGGCUUCUCCCCCCAGCACAAGAUCACCAGUUUCGAGGAGGCUAAAGGCCUGGACCGCAUCAACGAGCGCAUGCCACCGCGCAGGGAUGGGGUGAACCACGUGGGUCACUCCAUGGGAAAGAUGAAUAUGUCGGAGGCAAACGGCACGGACGACAACAGCAACAUCCAGUGAUGUGCUGUCGGAGUCUGGGAACCGAGCCCAACCGUGUCGGCAAAUCUGGAAUUCAGGCCUCAGAGCAUAGAAAUCAAACAGACCCACUGAUAGAACAUGACGUCUUAAAACAGGCAUAAAGGUCUUUUUUUCCAUGACGGUGUCACUGCACAGGUGGGGGAGGGGGUGCUGGGGUUCAGGAGGAGGAGCCAACAGGCUGCCGUUCCCUUUGACACUGUCGAUCUGAGCACUGACAAACAUUUCAGGGCCUGACAGAAGACGUCAUUGCAGUAUCAAUGCCACACAAAUCAUUUUACUAUUUUAUAAAGUGUUCAUUCACAUAUUCACUUCUGAGGAAAAUGAUAUAGUUUACCUUCAUGUUUUUGCUAGUAUUAAUAAACCACAGCACAUUUUGUGAGAAGGAAAGCAAAAAAGAAAGAAAGUAAACUCUUUACCUCUUAAAACUUACCAGUGGACUUCAACUGAUUUAUUUGCACCCAUCGAGGGAAAGAGGACCAGGUGCUCGUGUGUGUGUGUGCCACUGCAAUCUGAAAUCAAUGUCCGAGUUCUCCAGGACCGCUCCUCUCCUCACCUCCUGCUGUUUCAGUCUUCUCUUAGCAAGCACAAACUUGGAGGGGAUGAGGGAAGAAAGGGAGGGGAUGAGAGGAGCACAAUGAUCACUGUAGGUUCCUCUGCAUCUGAAACACCUGAGAUCCCCAAACAUCACGUCAUACAAAGAUGCAAACAUACAGGUCCAUCUCAUGUUGUACUCGUGUUCUCCUGAGCUCCACCAGCUCCAAGAAGCUCUCCAUCAUCAUCAUCAUCUUCUGCUUUUCUUUGACUGGAAACUAAGUGGCAUCAGUGUCACAGAGAGUGUGACGGGACCACCGCGGGAAACUAAAGACACUUCCUCUGCCUGAUGAUUGCUCAAGAGAGAGUAAAACAGAGGUCUCAAACCUGCGGCCCACGGGCCACAUGCGGUACCCCCAGUCAAUUUCAUAUGACCCAUUAUUCAAUAUCAAUUAUUUACAGAUCAAUUUUGCAUCAUGAAUAUUUUUUUUAUAUAUACGGUAUAUGUACAUG